AUGAAGAGGCUAAGUCGCUUUUGUAGCAGUAUGUGUAGUCACUUCAACAUUGGUGAAGUUAAUUAUCAGCAACAAACGUGUAACAAAAUGAGCAUUUUUGAAAUGUUUACUGAUUCUGAUGAUAAAAAUAAUACACACCAAAGUGCCACCAAUGUGUAUAAGAGUAGCAGCCGCAAUGUAGAUGGUCCAUCUUGCUCAAAAUCGACUGAUGGCAAAUAUAAAAGUGGUGAUUUUAUUCUUGUUAAGUAUGAACACAAACACAAAGGAUUCAGAUAUGCCGGUGUGUGCUCAUCAGGUUUUGAUGAAGAGAAUGAGGAGAUCCAAGUGACUUUCUUAAAGAUCUGCGAUAGUGAUGGCCAUCCUUUUAAAUUAGAUGAUAAUGACAUUUCCGACGUAAAAUUGGAACAAGUAUUAGAAAAACUGCCGGUGCCAAAUAUAGUGAUGAGUGGAAAUAGAUUAUUUUAUAAAUUCAGAACUCCUAUACCUGUAUUCGAAAAAUGA